AUGCAUUCUUCCUGGUCUUUCACCGCCGGUGUCGUUCUUUUGAGCACUUGCUCUGCAAAAGCUCUCAUUCCCCGUGCGGAGCCUUCUGAUUGUUCUGUUGUUCCCCAUGUUUAUUACCCAAAAGUCAUCAACACUUGUUGUGACAAAGCCACUACCAUCACGGUGGACGAGUGCUCAACCGAGAUAGUCUUGCCUACUGGUGGUUGUAUUGACACCACGAUCACCCAAACCGUAACCAAAGAGCGUCGCCACAGAAAGACUGAGACGGCAGAGGCUACCAGCACCACCGAGAGCAGCAGCGAGAGUACCAUCUCUAGCACGACCAGUUAUUCGGAAUCAUCAACCACCACUGAUGCCGAACCUACCUCAACCGUAGUAUACAAGCGCGGGGAGCAGGGGCAGGGAGGAAAUCGUGCAAACGAUUUCUACAAUAGAAAGAGGCCAUGGCAAGAUAUGAGAGUCUAUAACCCCACGUUUGAGGGGAAGAACUUUGAUUCAGGUGGCAAUGGAGACGUGAGUAUCGAUGAUUCGACUGUAGAAAACAAGUGCUGACUGUGUGCAGAACCGUGGCAACAAGUUGAAGGUUACAGAUAAAUCUACGACAACAAAACACGACAACUCGAGAAUCCUUGCUGUGGAUGAAUCCGGUGACGUGAGUAUGAGUCUCUUGGGCGUGGGAUAUGUGCUGACAUUAUAAUUAUAGUACAGAGAUAACGACUUGAAAUACAAUGGUGGGGAGGGUAAUGGUGAUGGUUCGGUAGGUUUAUUGCUUCACAACUCACAUGACACGACACUAAUGUGCAAUACAGAUGUACAACACUGGGUCAGAUAGUGGAAACAACCGUGAUAAGGGAGAUUACCGUGAUAAUGACCUCAAAUAUUUCGAUGCAUCCAAAAAGAACAAGGUUGACGUCGAUGUCAACAAGAACCGUUAUGCCAACAAGAAGAUCGACCUCAAGAACUCUGCCAACGAGGGCUCGCAAAACUCCCUCAAGAAAGAGACAGGAUUCAAGGACUCUGGAAACCAGGGCUCGCAAAAUGAACUCAAAAAGACGAACAACCAACUCAACUCUGGUAACGAAGGUUCUCAGAAUUCCCUCAAGAAGGAACUCGAAUUCAAGAACUCUGCCAACAAGGGUUCUCAAAACUCCCUCAAGAAGUCAGUAUUCAAUCAGCAGAUUUGAGACUUGAUUUGGUGCAAAAACUAACCUGGACAAAACAGGGAUGAAUCGACACACGAGUUCAACCCUACGAGUACGGAUGACCACAGCAAAGGAGGAUCAUAUGCUAUCGGCAACAGUAAGUCACCCUUUCAUAAAGCGAACGGGAUUGGUGCUAAUGAUAUGGUAGAACAACUUAAGAACGUGGACAAUGAUGGUAGUGGGAAUAAGCUUACCAAAAUUGAUAAAUCCAGCAAGAAGCUUUCCGUCGAUGUCGACAAAUCAGUUACCAUUGUCAAACUAGACAACUACCGCAAGAGUAAGUAUUAUCCGCUCAUGUUUUCUGCGAUUGAAACAUGUCAACUGACAUAAAUGUAGACAGAGAGCACUACCGGGAAAGGGUUGAUGCAUGGUACACCACACGACUGGCAGUGGAAAACAGAGACAGUCAGUCACACAAGAGAGAGGCAAGGCAGGCCAAUACGCGCGAUGGUCCUCGCCGACGAGGCCCUUUACCUUGAAAGGAAAAGAGAGGGAAUUUUUUGGGGCAUGUUCCUCAUAAUGUGUUGAUCCUUUUUUUGUUCCCUUUUCAACAACUUCUUGCCCUUCUCGGAUAGGGCUGUCGGGAUUCGUCGUCUCUUGUUUUUUUCCCUUUUCACACAAACGCGGGGACCAAUCUUCUAUACUUUUCCUUUUCCUUUUUUGUUUUCACUGUUAUGUCUCUUUUUGGGCUGGAGGUUGCGGUGGAAUGGGAGUUGGGUCUGUGUCUGAAAAAUACUAUUUAUCCAUCUCCCUGUUC